AUGGCAUUUUAUAGCUGCUGUUUGAUCCUCUUGGCAAUUACCUGGUGCACUUCUGCCUAUGGGCCUGACCAACGAGCCCAGAAGAAAGGCGACAUUAUCCUCGGCGGACUCUUUCCUAUUCAUUUUGGAGUAGCAGCCAAAGAUCAAGAUCUAAAGUCAAGGCCAGAGUCUGUGGAAUGUAUCAGGUAUAAUUUUCGUGGAUUUCGCUGGUUACAAGCCAUGAUAUUUGCCAUCGAGGAAAUAAAUAGCAGCCCAGUCCUUCUUCCCAACAUGACACUGGGAUACAGGAUAUUUGACACUUGCAACACUGUUUCUAAAGCCUUGGAGGCCACUCUGAGUUUUGUGGCACAAAAUAAAAUUGACUCUCUGAACCUUGAUGAGUUCUGCAACUGCUCGGAGCAUAUCCCCUCUACUAUCGCUGUGGUGGGAGCGACUGGCUCGGGCGUCUCCACGGCGGUGGCAAACCUCCUGGGCCUCUUCUACAUUCCCCAGGUCAGCUAUGCCUCCUCUAGCAGACUCCUCAGUAACAAAAACCAGUUCAAGUCCUUCCUCCGUACCAUCCCCAAUGAUGAACACCAGGCCACUGCCAUGGCAGACAUUAUUGAGUAUUUCCGCUGGAACUGGGUGGGCACAAUUGCAGCUGAUGAUGACUAUGGCCGGCCAGGGAUUGAGAAGUUCCGAGAGGAGGCUGAGGAGAGGGACAUCUGCAUCGACUUCAGUGAACUCAUCUCCCAGUAUUCUGAUGAGGAAGAGAUCCAGCAUGUGGUAGAGGUGAUCCAGAAUUCCACAGCCAAAGUCAUUGUUGUUUUCUCUAGUGGCCCAGACCUUGAACCCCUCAUCAAGGAGAUUGUUCGGCGUAAUAUCACAGGGAGGAUCUGGCUGGCCAGCGAGGCCUGGGCCAGCUCUUCCCUGAUUGCCAUGCCCGAGUACUUCCAUGUGGUUGGAGGCACCAUUGGAUUUGCUCUGAAGGCUGGACAGAUCCCAGGUUUCCGGGAAUUCCUGCAGAAAGUCCAUCCCAGAAAGUCUGUCCACAAUGGUUUUGCCAAGGAGUUUUGGGAAGAAACCUUUAACUGCCACCUCCAAGAUGGUGCUAAAGGACCUUUGUCCAUGGACACUUUGUUGAGAGGUCAUGAAGAAGGUGGUGGCAGGAUAAGCAAUAGCUCCACUGCCUUCCGACCUCUCUGUACAGGGGAUGAGAACAUCAGCAGUGUGGAGACCCCUUACAUGGAUUAUACACAUUUACGGAUAUCCUACAAUGUCUACUUAGCAGUCUAUUCCAUUGCUCAUGCCCUGCAAGAUAUAUACACAUGCAUACCUGGAAGAGGGCUCUUCACCAACGGUUCCUGUGCAGAUAUCAAGAAGGUUGAGGCCUGGCAGGUCCUGAAGCACCUACGGCACCUAAACUUUACCAACAAUAUGGGGGAGCAGGUGACUUUCGAUGAAUGUGGUGACCUGGUAGGGAACUAUUCCAUCAUCAACUGGCACCUCUCCCCAGAGGAUGGCUCCAUAGUGUUUAAGGAAGUUGGAUAUUACAACGUCUAUGCCAAGAAAGGAGAAAGGCUCUUCAUCAAUGAGGAGAAAAUCCUGUGGAGUGGAUUCUCCAGGGAGGUUCCUUUCUCCAACUGCAGUCGGGAUUGCCUGGCAGGGACCAGGAAAGGAAUCAUUGAGGGGGAGCCCACCUGCUGCUUUGAGUGUGUGGAAUGUCCCGAUGGGGAGUACAGUGAUGAAACAGAUGCAAGUGCCUGUGACAAGUGCCCCGAUGACUUCUGGUCCAAUGAAAACCACACUUCCUGCAUUGCCAAGGAGAUUGAGUUUCUUUCCUGGACAGAGCCCUUUGGGAUUGCGCUCACCCUCUUUGCUGUGCUGGGCAUCUUCCUGACAGCCUUUGUGCUGGGUGUCUUCAUCAAGUUCCGUAACACACCCAUUGUCAAGGCCACCAAUCGAGAGCUCUCUUACCUCCUCCUCUUCUCCUUGCUCUGCUGCUUCUCCAGCUCCCUGUUCUUCAUAGGUGAGCCCCAGGACUGGACAUGCCGCCUGCGCCAGCCAGCCUUUGGUAUCAGCUUUGUGCUCUGCAUAUCAUGCAUCCUAGUGAAAACCAACCGUGUGCUCCUGGUGUUUGAGGCCAAGAUCCCCACAAGCUUCCACCGCAAGUGGUGGGGGCUCAACCUGCAGUUCCUGCUGGUCUUCCUCUGCACCUUCAUGCAGAUUGUCAUCUGUGUGAUCUGGCUCUACACUGCACCACCCUCAAGUUACCGCAACCAUGAGCUAGAGGAUGAGAUCAUCUUUAUCACCUGCCAUGAGGGCUCACUAAUGGCGCUGGGCUUCUUAAUUGGCUACACUUGCCUACUGGCUGCCAUCUGCUUCUUCUUUGCCUUCAAGUCCCGGAAGCUGCCAGAGAACUUCAAUGAAGCCAAGUUCAUCACCUUCAGCAUGCUCAUCUUCUUCAUCGUCUGGAUCUCCUUCAUUCCUGCCUAUGCCAGCACCUACGGCAAGUUUGUCUCUGCCGUGGAAGUGAUCGCCAUCCUGGCAGCCAGCUUUGGUUUGCUGGCCUGCAUCUUCUUCAACAAGGUCUACAUCAUCCUCUUCAAGCCAUCACGUAACACCAUCGAGGAGGUGCGCUGCAGCACUGCUGCUCAUGCUUUCAAAGUGGCAGCCCGGGCCACGUUGCGCCGCAGCAAUGUCUCCCGCAAGCGGUCCAACAGCCUUGGGGGCUCCACGGGAUCCACACCCUCCUCCUCCAUCAGUAGCAAGCGCAACAGUGAAGACCCCUUCCCACAGCCCGAGAGGCAAAAGCAGCAGCAGCCACUGGCCCUGACCCAAGAGCAGCAGCCACAGCCACAGCAGCCCUCAUCCCUUCAGCAGCAGCCAGAGCCGCAGCCACAGCCCAGAUGCAAGCCGAAGGUCAUCUUCGGCAGUGGCACAGUCACCUUCUCACUGAGCUUUGAUGAGCCUCAGAAGAGUGCCAUGGCUCACAGGAAUUCCAUGCACCAGAACUCCCUGGAGGCCCAGAAAAGCAGCGAGACACUGACCAGACACCAGGCAUUGCUCCCACUACAGUGUGGGGAAACAGGCUCAGAACUGACUGCACAGGAGACAGGCCUUCAAGGGCCUAUCGAUGGUGACAUCCGACCAGAGAUGGAGGACCCUGAAGAGAUGUCCCCAGCACUUGUAGUGUCCAGUUCACAAAGCUUUGUCAUCAGUGGUGGUGGCAGCACUGUCACAGAAAACAUAUUGCAUUCAUAAAACGGAAGAAGGUGGCCAGUCUGGGAAGGAUCCAGAGAGGAUUCCUGGGAUCACGUUCUCUGACAGGAAUGAGGAAUCGCUCCAGACUCCUUUCCUCUGUGGAAGGAGGAAUAAGACAUGCCAAACACCUCA